AUGCCGAGUGCAGAGCUUCUUUAUGGCAAGGCCAUCUCUCUCCUGUCCUCGAUGCCUGAAAAGAUGGAAGCUACCUUGUACUCUAACAGAUCGAUGGUGCGGCUGAAUCUCAACAAGGUGGAGGGAGCACUCGAGGAUGCCAAGAAAUGCCUGGAGCUGGACCCGAAGUUUGUGAAAGCCCACCACAGGAAGGCCCAGGCCCUUCUCCGGCUUUCAGAAUGGGAUGAGGCCAUCAAGGCGGCAGAGGAAGGCUCCAAGCUGGAUCCCGAGAACAAAGCCUUCCCCGAGCUCAUCGAGAAGGCAAAGAAGGACCAGGAGAAGGAUGCCGCCGACAAGGCGAAGCUCAAGGCUGAUGCCCAGGACGUUCGCGUGGAGCUCCACAACGCCUCCACCGCGAGAGCUCCACCAAAGCCCAAGGACAAGGCAGACAAAGAGAAUGAGAGCGGCGAAAUGCGGGGGUACAAGAAGACCGCCGAUGGCAGGACCACCUCGUAUUUCCACACAGACAUCUCGGAUGAGGCGAAGAAGCUCAUCGAGGCCCAGGGCUUCGGGAAGCCGAAGAAGCUGGACGCUCCCGUGGAGGCGGACGAUGUCAAGGGCGGUGGCAGCCAGUGGAACCAGGCAGGCACGUACGAAGAAAAGGGCAUGACGAAGUGGCUGGAGGAUCGUCUGAAGAGCGGACUCGUCGGUCUACGCUUCAAUCUGCCGAAGAGCGACGGUCACAUUUCCACUAUGUCUGUGGCGGAUCUGAAGGGCGACUGCUCCAUCUCUGUCUCCAGGGGGAAGCGGAGGCACCUCAUGGACGUCUCGUUCAAUGUGGAGUACGAAGCUAAGGUUGGGAACUCCUCCGGCAAAGGCAAGCUCGCCUUUACUGAGGUCACGAGCGAUGGCGAUGAUCCCGAGGUGAGGAACGAGCCUGCGGCCGAUGUGCCACCAGCCAUUCGGGAGGUUUUGGAUGCUUUCGUGAAGCCCGCCGGCCAAGGGCUGCAGCCCCUGGUGUUGGCAGAGAUUCGGAAGACCAUCGAAGAGUACAAGGGCAAGUGA